AUGGGUACAGUCCUGUCGCUGUCUCCCAGUUACCGAAAGGCGGCUCUGUUUGAGGAUGGACCUGCCUCUGUGGGCCACUACACUGCCGUCCAGAACAGCAAAAAUGCCAAGGACCCCACCACAUCCAAGUCCCUUAAACGCCCUUCCAUCAUCAAUGUGCUGCCAUGGAAACGCAUCGUGGCAGUGUCGGCUAAGAGGAAGGGCUCUAAAAAGCUUCAGUCUGAAGUGGAUGCUGGAAAGUGUAGUUCUCCAGAAGGUCAUGCUGCAGGGGGAGCAAACUCAGCUUCCAACAGUCUGAAGUUAAAGAAAUCACAGUCAUGUGCAAACCUGUCAUCAUACACAUCAGCUCAUGACCCCUCUGGCAGCAUCACUACCUCCUCCCUCCUGCCCACCUCCAAAACACUGGCCAAUGUCACCACUGUGGUGGCCAAGAAAAACUCCCUCACAGGCUCCGCUGUGCAGCCCUCUACUGCCACUGGAACCCCCAAACGAGUCAUCGUUCAGGCCUCCACCAGUGAGCUGAUGCGUAGUUUAGGUGAGUUCCUCUGCCGUCGCUGUUACCGCCUGAAGCGCCUCUCUCCCACUGACCCCGUGUUAUGGCUGCGCUCGGUGGACCGCUCUCUGCUGCUGCAGGGCUGGCAGGACCAGGGCUUCAUCACCCCUGCCAACGUGGUCUUCCUCUACAUGCUGUGCCGGGACGUGGUGUCCCCAGAGGUGGGCUCAGAGCGUGAACUGCAGGCCUCGCUGCUCACCUGUCUCUACCUGUCCUACUCCUACAUGGGGAAUGAGAUCUCCUACCCCCUAAAGCCCUUCCUGGUGGAGGCAGAAAAGGAGGCGUUCUGGGACCGCUGCUUGGAUAUCAUUAACCGAAUGAGCGGCAAGAUGCUGCAGAUCAACACGGAUCCACACUUCUUCACCCAGGUGUUUGCCGACCUGAAGAACGAGAGCAAGAAAGAGGAAGAGAAAACAAAGCUGCUGAUCGGGCUGGAUCGAUAA